CCCAGACGUCCCCCCUCCAACUCCAUCUGCUCAGCUUUGGGUUUGGGCCACGUCCGCACCUUCGAUCUCCUCCACCACGAUUUUUCGGGUUCCUGCCUCCGUCUUUUGGUUGAACAAUGUUCCAGAACCAAAUCCAGAACCCAUUUAUUUCGUGUUCUAAUCCGGACCGGAACCGGUGGUAUCGUUGGGAUCAUAAUCCAAGUAUCCAGAACUGUGGUGGAGAUGGAAAAUGAGAGGGUGAUGCUUCACGGCGUGCCCAUCUCCCUGCCCUACACCGUGAAGCACCCCACGCUGACUGUGGAGCAGAGGGGGUGGGAGGUGGAGCUGAAGACCCCCUGGGGGCUCCGAGUGGCCUACGAUGGGCAGCAUGGGAGGGUGAGCGUCCAAGUGGAGAGCUCCUAUGGGGGCCAACUCUGCGGGCUCUGCGGGGACUUCGACGGGGACCCCCGUAACGAUCUGAUGCCGGCCAGAGGAUGGAGAGUGGAUGAGGAUGAGGAGUGCGAAGAUCGGUCGGGAUGUGGGGAAGAAGACGGGAAGAAAGGAGAGAACGGAGAGGAAUGUGGGGUGCUGUUGGAUAAGGACGGACCCUUCCGGCUUUGCCACGAGGUGGUGCACCCCGAAACUUACUACAGGGAUUGUAUGGCCGACCGGUGUCACAGCAAUGGGGUCUGCAGGGUCGUGGCUGCCUACGUGGCUGCGUGUCAGGAGGUGGGGAAGGAGGUCCUGGAGUGGAGAUCACAAGGGUUCUGUGCACCCAACUGCCCCAAGGGAACCCGCUACGCUCUCUGCACCCCAAACUGCGCCCACGAGUGUCGCGAGGGCUGCGUGUCCCCCCACGACCCCCAAAGCGGGGGCAAGAAAUGUGGGGCAGCAUCAACACCGGUGACCUCAGGGACGUGUAGGGCUGUGGGGACACAUCACUACCUGAGCUUCGAUGGGGCGGCUGUGACCGUAAGGGAUAAUUGCACCUACGUGGUGGCACGGAGCUGCAGUGAGGAUGGAGCCCACCCCCCAUUUGAGGUGACGGCCACGGACCCCCAGGGGGGGGUCAGGAAUCGGAGCGUGGUCGUUGCUGUGCAUGGACAUCGCUUUGUGAUGAGCGCUGGGAAACACGUGGUGGUCGACAGCUCCGCGGUUCCUCUUCCCUUCUGCCUGCCCCACCGGGCCGCCUGCCUGGCCCACAAAGCUGCCACCAUCCUCCUCGUCACCGACUUCGGCCUCCGAGUCACCGUGGGCCCCGGGGACAUGUUGUCCGUCACCGUGCCUUCCUCCUACCACAACUCCACCUGCGGCCUCUGCGGCAACUUCGAUGGUCGCCACCAUAACGACCACCUCCAUCGUAACGACGUGGCCACGUGUCACCGUCUGUGUCCAGGACCCAAAUGUCCCCCGUGUCGACAGCCCCCCAAGAAUGAGUACAUCCACAGCAAGCUUUGCAAUGUCCUGAAGGACCCCCAGGGUCCUUUUGGGGUCUGUCAUGAUGUUGUUCGUCCUGGGAUUUACUUUGAGAUCUGUCUGUGGGAGCUCUGCGAGUCCCCCGGGGACAGGGAUGCCCUUGGAGAGGUCCUGGCAGCUUACGACGCCGCUUGUCGCCAGGCAAAGAUCCGGGUGGGACCGUGGCGCAUCCCCAGGACCUGCCGAAACCUUCUGGGAGUGCUGCAGCCGCUGCUGUCUCCAAACCUGCCCCUCCCCAUCAACCCACCGCUGCUGUGA